AUGUCCUGCCGACAUAGUGUUGCGAGCUCGGCCGGUAGUGGCACGUGCGACACGAACAACAACAUGCUGAGUGCGGACAAUUUGCUGCGAUUGGCGCUGAAGAAGCCGAAGGACUGGAAAUGGGAGCUAACGACGUCCAGCUCGUCGCCUAACAUCAGCUUCCCCAAGAUCCAGCUGUUUGACAGUACGAGCGGAGAGCUUAUGGUUGAGGUUGAUCGAGCGGACUGUGUCAUCCGGUCGGAUUGUUCCGAUGGCCGUGGAGCUUCGAAACACCACGCAACGCUCUCUGUGGAGCAGUCUGACCUGCUGCAGAGCAGCAGCAGUUCGAGGGAACAGGAUUCCCAACGGCCGGGCAGAUAUCGCCGGGCUCGCACGUCCCUGGUGAAGGAACGACUAUCAACAUCCGGGGACUCGCUGGCUGACAUCUUCAAUCAACUGCAAAACAAGGGCCUCGGUCAUAAGCUUUCCACGAGUGGGUCUCAGUACCGACUGCUUAAUGGAGCCGCGGAGGAAGCGCGUGGAUCCUUGCAGAAGAGCAAGUCUGCAAAUGCCAUCAUUUCCCCUGAACCUGAGCUCGUAACUCGGCGAAAAUCGCGCCGAUCGGUGGCAAGUCGGUCUAGUUCGAUAUUGGAACGUAUUAGCGAGUUUUACGGGCAUAGUUCGACAGAUGAUGAAGAGCUUAGCAGUGAUCAGCGUCUGCCAGUGGUGCCUGUUCCGGUUCCACAACUCUCACUCCCAUCAGGUGGCGAUCCACCUGCCAAAGAACAGUGGGAAUCCAGUGGAGUUACCAUCGAGGAGAUUCCAUCAACCGCUCCGAUCAAACCACGGCCCAAAAUCUACAAGCUCGUACGCAGCAACGUCGGCACGUUGAUGGUGCGUGAAGAAAGCUUCCACACGCAGAACAGCCUUCGACGUCGCCCGCCAGCUAACAACGAACGGGAGACACCUGAAACGAUGGGACCGGGUUUCGAGCGAAUCGUACAGCUCGAGGAUCACCCUGACGAAGGUCCUGAACCUCCAAAAGGUCGCUCGCGGUACGAACAAGAGAUAAACCGCAUCGAUGGGCUUCUCUCGCGGGUGAUGCUCUCACACGACCUGCAAACAGAGGAGCUGAAGCGAAACACACCGAGCAUCCACGUGUCGGAACCACCACCAGAAGACACGCGGCACCUGAGCACCGGCACCAACGGAGUGACACAUCUGUCAAAUGGAACUAACCCUCGAAGGCGUCGCUCGAGACGCAGUGCAAGCGUGGGUGCUAGUGUUUUUCCCGGGACUCAGAACGGAGUGAGGGCCACUUCUAGCUCUUCUAACUCGGAAGAAACCACCACCAGAAGGCGUAAGAGUCGGUCAAGCUCGCAGAAGCGUCGCGGACGAUCACGACACCGAGGAAACACCCACGAGGACACCCAUGCAACGAUCAGCAACGGUAAGUGA